GCCAUGUACCCUAGUGCUGUUCCCGACAGCUAUGGACAAGAAGAACAGUUUGGAGGUCUUCCAACCGUCCCCCAUCUCACUGAAGCUGAGAUAGCAGCUAAACAGAGAGCUGACCAAUGUAUAAAGCAUGUAAUCACCCAGAUCGAACAUGGGGACACACCACCUCCCACCUUGCGCACCCAACUUCCUGAUCUCCCACUCCUCCUCCGAGAACUCAAUCGUCUCGAGCUCCAUAACGACAUCCUGUUCAGGCGACGCCAAGUGGGGCCACAGACAACUUACCAGCUUGUUCUUCCAGCUGAGCUCCGCGAAACAGUCCUCACCAGUCUGCACGACCAUAUGGGUCACAUGGGAGUCGACCGGACACUGGACCUUGUAAGGACCAGAUUCUAUUGGCCAAAGAUGGUCAUGAGUGUGGAAAGGAAAGUGAGGACAUGUGGCAGGUGCGUGCGGAGGAAGGCACGACCUGAAAGAGCAGCCCCCUUGGUCAACAUUAGGACCACUCGACCUCUUGAGCUCCUCUGUAUGGACUACCUGUCCCUGGAGGCUGACAAAAGUGGAACCAAGGAUAUACUGGUGAUCACAGAUCACUUCACUAAAUUUGCGGUCGCCAUCCCAACACCGAAUCAAAAGGCCCGCACAGUGGCAAAGUGUCUGUGGGAAAACUUUAUGGUACACUAUGGUAUCCCGGAGAAGUUACAUAGUGACCAGGGUCCAGACUUCGAGUCCCGCACGAUCAAGGAACUCUGUCAGGUGGCUGGAAUCCACAAGGUGAGGACAACCCCAUACCAUCCUAGGGGCAACCCCGUGGAACGAUUUAAUCGUACCCUGCUUGAUAUGUUGGGCACUCUCCAAAAUCAAGACAAGUCCAGUUGGCGUGAUCAUGUGAGACCCCUGGUCCAUGCCUACAAUUGCACCAGGAACGAGGUGACUGGCUUCACCCCGUACGAACUGAUGUUCGGGCGCCAACCUCGCCUGCCAGUUGAUCUUGCCUUCAAGUUGCCAGUACCAGAGGGUCAACAUUCAUCUCACUCUGAUUAUGUGCAAAACCUCAAGGCACGUCUCAAGGAGAGCUACAAGAUAGCCAUGGAGAAGGCUGCAAAGAUCGCUCUCAAGAACAAAACAAGGUUUGAUAAACAUGUUACCGUCUCAGACCUGGAACCUGGAGAUCGAGUAUUGGUCAGGAAUGUCCGCAUCCGGGGAAAACACAAGAUCUCAGACAAAUGGGAACCCACUGUCCAUGUGGUGGUGAGAAGAGCAGGCACUCUCCCUGUAUACACUGUUAAACCUGAAAACGCGGAUGGUCCCCUAAGGACGCUACACAGGGACCUGUUGCUGCCGUGCGGGUACCUACCUGCGGAGGAAAAUAGUGAGCCUGUGCAAAAGCCGGUACCACGCAGGCCAGGAACUCGUGCAAACCCUGCUGUAGAGGAAGAGAAUUCCUCCGAUGAAGAGGAUGAUGCACUCAUUCCUGUUUGGUUAAGUUCCCCUGUCCCCAUGGUCAGUGAGAUUCCUGUGUACCCGGAUCUGUCCAUGACCGAUGUCCAAGACACUCGGCAUACUGAACCUCCAGGCGUUCGUCCUGUCGAGAGUCCUGUAAAUGCUCAAAAUGAUGACAAUCCACCUGAAUUUGACAAUCCAACCGAUCUUGACACCCAACCCGAUUUUGACAAUUUACCUGAUAUGUCCAAUAGUACUUCAGAUGGUCCUUUGAUGUCCAUCAAGUUUAACUCUCAUCAGAGUGAUACUGAGUACUUAUCCGCCGAUAGAGUCACACCAACCGAGCAAGCCAAUGAACCAGCCUUGAUUCAAAAUGACUUGCCUGAGGAUGAUAAUCCAGAUGUCCAAGGAGAACAACUUCCAGUUGAGGAGGAUGGUUUUAAAGGAGCAGAACUUGAGGAAGGAAAGGAUGGAACAAUCCCAAUGGAUACAGAGGAGAACACAGAUACAAAUGAUUCUGUCAGGAGAUCUGAAAGAAAUCGUCAACCACCACGACGGCUUGAUUAUACAGAGCUAGGAAAUCCUUUGAUCACAGCAGUGAAAUCAUUCUUUCAAGGACUGUCCACAGCUUGGGAAGAAGUCAUAAGAGAAGAACCUGCCCUGACCCCUCGAAUAAUUUUCCUUUAACUGUAUACUAUGCACAGGGACGUGCAUAAGUUCAGGAGGGGAGAGUGUAACCAGGUGUAAGAAACACUGUUAAUUUAGUACCGUAAAAGAAGAAAGACUUUGCUUUGAUUAUCUUAUUUGUUUUGAAUGCACCGCUCAACUCGCACGUACUCCCACGUGGGGUACCUAGUUCUCAGCAGCCAAUCAGAAGCUACGCAGGCCACGCUCAGCCUGUCGGCUCGGAGAGGAAGUGCAGUCGCGUUGCUCUUCCGGUCUUUUCGGAUCUCGGCCCGGGAAGCGAGGGCAGCUGUGCGUUAAGGAGAAGAGGAAAACCAGAGAAAGAACCCAGAGUAAAACCUGUGAAAAAGGAAAAAGAGUCGGAGCACUUACCCAGUGGAGGUCCGGAGCCAAGUGGCUGAACGAAGGAGAGAUACGUCGCAGGCUAACUGCUUGCCUGUCCUCCGGAGAGCUGCUACGAGGUUCGGCAUUGGCAUGCUCCACCUUGAUACACAGAGCAACGGUCAGGUUUUUUAGAGGACUGAGAGUCUGAGGUUCAGGACAACUUCCUGCUGUGAAAGAUGGCGAGCCAACUACCCUGAUUGAAGAUUAGCACCGAGGAGAUAUUCACGUACACACUCAUUCACACAAGUAAUACACUCACAUUACACUACAAGAAACCUUGGAAUCGGGUGAACUUUCAACAACUCCGUUUAUUUUAAGGGCCCCACCAGACAUUUUUUGUUUUAAGUGUGCACACUACUUUUUUUAUUUUCAUUACUGUUUGGUAUAAUAUUUUGCAUUUUGUACGAACCAGACAAAUUACUUUGUUCACUGUAAAAUAUAAGAGUGGCUACUCAAUUGUUACUCUUGUGUCUGCCUCAUUGUUGUUGCUCAGUACAGUGGCUCCUCUCGAAUUUGGUCUCUUCUGAUUCUGGUCCUGGUCUUAUUGUUAGUCCAACUUAUAUUAUACUGUAAUUCACUUUUACACUCCUAAAAUUGGU